AAACCUGACUGGACUUGACUGAGUCACACUGAACCUGGACCACGCUGGACCACCAUGAAGUAGGCCUACACUCUGCCAUAGUGACUUAGCCAUGCUGGAGCAGGGAAGUAGAUGAGAAGUGGAUUAACAAUACACUAGCCAGCCUCUCUUAUGACAGCAGCUGUAGACACUGAGAGUCUCCCUCUCUUGGCCCCCUCAUCUCUUCACCGUCUAUCUCUCCUGCACUCGCUACUGUAGCUCUCUCAAUAUUCCUCUCGAUAGCAUCUCUCCAUAUCCCUCCCUCCCUUUCUCUUUCUCCUCUUCUCCUCCCUGUGCUCACUGCCUCUUUGCCGUGCGCGAGGCAUACACAUGUAAGUUUAAUCCGGGAGGGAUGGGAGUCUGAAUGAGAGGUUGCCCUCUGAUUGACACACAGAUCUGCUGAGUUUUCACACAACCAGGACAGCUGUUGCUGGGAACUUAUUGUAAAGGAACAGAAUUUUACCUCCUGGAAUAGUUCAUAUCCUCCUGCCUCUGUCUCUUUGUGCUGAUGUCUCCAGUCUCAGAUCUUUGCAGCGCGAGGUGUUAUCUGUAGCACUGUGCUCCAGAUUAAAAGGAAAUUGCAGGACGACUAAAUCUGCCUGUCAGCCUCUGAUUCCUACAGAAAGCGUAAGGGAUACAGACGGAUGAGUCGAGGAUAAGCCAGUCGGGACUGCAAAGGAAGAUUCAUUAAACUGCUUCACUCUUCAUGGUACUUCUUUUUUGGAGAGUGCAUCUUCGUCUGUUUUUGUGUCUGUGCCGGGACCGGGACGGUGUUCAUGUGCCUGCAGUCUACAGCGGCCGGGUGUUGUUUUCUGAAGAAGACAGAGCACACAGGCUGAGGCAGUGUUGAAGCAGGACACCCUCUGUAGGAGACAACUCUCCUCGCUCCUCUCCUUUUCUCUUUUCUCUGCAGACAUAACUGCCCACCCUGACACUGACAGCUGGGGGUGUUGGUGUGCUCUGUGCACAGAUAGCUUGACCUGACCAACAGACUGUCCAGACGUCUUGUCGAGGCAUCUUGUCGUACAGACUGACCCACCACAAGCUCUAACCAGAGCACCUUAAGCCAUUCCAGGUGGCUCCCAGUCCCAGCCAGGAUGCAGGUGUCGUUAGUGUGUACGGAUCACAAUCGUGGAGGGGUGAGCCGCAGUACAGAGGAACGGCUUAACCACCGCCAGAAUGCCAACAGCCCCAACACAGGCACCCGCAGCAAGUUCAGGGCUGUGGCCAUGGUGGCCCGUAGCCUUGGACAGGUCACUGUCCAGAGCCAGCCCACGUCCAGCGACCAGAGCAUACGCACCGGCAUGAAGUAUAGAAACCUUGGGAAGUCUGGCCUGAGGGUGUCCUGCCUUGGACUAGGAACAUGGGUGACGUUCGGAGGGCAGAUAACGGAUGAGAUGGCAGAGCAGCUGUUGUGUCUGGCCUACGAGAACGGCAUCAAUCUGUUUGACACAGCAGAGGUCUACGCCGCAGGGAAGGCUGAGGUUGUGCUGGGGAACGUCAUAAAGAAGAAAGGAUGGAGACGUUCCAGUCUGGUGAUCACAACAAAGAUCUUCUGGGGUGGAAAAGCAGAGACUGAAAGAGGAUUGUCCCGAAAACACAUUAUAGAAGGUUUAAAGGCCUCACUGGAGAGACUGCAGCUGGAGUAUGUGGACGUGGUGUUUGCAAACAGACCGGACCCCAACACUCCCAUGGAAGGGAUAGCUGAGACGGUGCGGGCGAUGACCCAUGUGAUCAACCAGGGCAUGGCCAUGUACUGGGGCACGUCCCGCUGGAGCCCCAUGGAGAUCAUGGAGGCGUACUCUGUGGCGCGGCAGUUCAACCAGAUCCCUCCCAUCUGUGAGCAGGCAGAGUAUCACAUGUUCCAGAGGGAGAAGGUGGAGGUGCAGCUGCCAGAGCUCUUCCAUAAGAUAGGUGUGGGGGCGAUGACAUGGUCACCGCUGGCCUGUGGGAUCAUCUCAGGGAAAUACGACAGUGGGGUACCACCUUACUCCCGCGCCUCUCUUAAGGUUCUAGAACUUGAUGUCUCCUAGAUGCGUUUGUUUUUGAGUCCCCUGUGACGGCAUACUCUGUGUACCAACUCUGUGUAUCCAUUCUGUUUACCAGCUCUGUAGCAACUCUACCACCAGCAGUUAUUUGGUGGUGUCAACACAAGCAACUUAUCUCACAUUUCACACACACACAGAGGCAUGUGCAUGCACACACACUCACUCACACGCGCACACACACUCACUCACAUGCGCACACACACACACACAGAGGCACGUGCAUGCACACUCACACGCGCACACACACAGAUCAAAUGACAACAAUAUGCAUAUACUGCAUCACCAAUUCAGCAACUAGGGCUUACUCUGUGCCUGUGUUGUUGCAGAAGUAUGCAGGGUUGCUAUGGUCUUUUAACCCUGUACAGUUAAGGAAACCAUUUCUCCAUCUAACUACGUGGAUAAUGUUCUCCUGAGUAGAGCUUUGCAUACGGAUCAUUAAUACGUAUGUUGUGGUGUUGGCGCCUGAUCAACGACAGUGUAGUUGGCUGAUCCAAUCACUGAUGGGUUGCUUGUUCCUGAUCUUGUCAUUGGAUUACACAGGCUAUUACACAGGAAAUUAAAUCCCUUUGUCAAGGUUGCUUUUAGCCUGUUGAAAUAUGUUGACUGUACAUUCAUAUUUAGAAGGAAUUAUACACAAUCGCAACAAUAAUUAUACAUUUAGAUCCUGGAACAAAUGUGUGUUUGCACUGUAUGUGUGUGAAACAUGAGAGAUGAGCCAGAGAGGGUCCUCCUUUUCUCUGCCUGCUGGAGGCUGUACAAUAGAAGAGUGUUGACAACCAGACCCUGGUCUACCAAACAGAGUCACGUGUUUAAAAGCAGGCCCUGGUCUACCAAACAGAGUCACGUGUUUAAAAGCAGGCCCUGGUCUACCAAACAGAGUCAUGUGUUUAAAAGCAGGCCCUGGUCUACCAAACAGUGUCACGUGUUUAAAAGCAGGCCCUGGUCUACCAAACAGAGUCAUGUGUUUAAAAGCAGGCCCUGGUCUACCAAACAGAGUCACGUGUUUAAAAGCAGGCCUUGGUCUACGAAACAGAGUCACGUGUUUAAAAGCAGGCCCUGGUCUACCAAACAGAGUCAUGUGUUUAAAAGCAGGCCCUGGUCU